UGCUACAGGCGGGGAAAUGGGCAUAUACAACCAUCACGGUCGGGAGCGUAGAAAUUGCAAGGCAGCAACAAAAUGAAGCUGGAAGUAGUCGAAACUAUAGAAACAGGUGCAUCACGACCAAGGGAAGCAGCCACGGCAGUCGAAACGACAGGAACAGAUGCAACGGGGGCAGUUGAAACUGCUGAGACUGUUGCAUUGGAAGCGGUCGGAACCGCAAAGGCAGUCGAAACCACCGGAACAGAUGCAUGUGAAGCAGUCAAAUCCAAAGGCACACUGAUGCCACUGAAACGGAUGCACGACGGUCGCAAUGAUGGGGGUGACUCCUCCAGCGACUCUGCGGCGGACGACAGAAAGAGGUCAAGAGAAGAGCUCGUGGCCCUGAGGACGCAAGUUAGCUCGCUGACGGAUCAGAUGAGCCAGAUAAUGUCGCUAGUGGAGGAUACCAUGAAGGCAAGCAAGAAGGAGGAGCCAGCUGGCACCAUGGCGAUGCUAGGGAGAGAGCCGCCGCGGAGUCCACGAACGCCGAAGGAGGGCACCGUGGACCGGGAGUGCGCAGGACGGGAGGUGAGAGUAGCCGCUGCUCACAACCAAGAUUAUAGUAGUGCCAUGGGAGAUGGUGGUGCUGCUGUUGGCUUUGGAUACGGAGCCACAACCCCAGCGACGGGGUACCAAAGUGUGCGGUACACUUCUCCUCCGUUCAGCGGGAAAUCGAAAGAUUUCAACGAAUGGCUAAAUGAUUUCCGCAUGGCAGCUAAUGGCGCAAACCUGUUGGAACAAUUUGAAGAGAGCGGGAGCUUGGAGAUCCCCGUCAACAGCGGAAAGAGCAAGUUUUCGCUGUCACAGCAGUACCGGAGCGAGCAAGUAGAGCUCGCAUUUCACGCGUGGAACUUCCUGUCUCACGCGCUGAAAGACAAAGAUCGGAAAAUCAUGAAGAAGGUAGAGACGCCCCAGGGAGCGCUUCGUGAGCUCAAGACCAUACACGACCCUGAAUCAUCUGUACAGCCGUCAGAGGACCUCAAGUCCCUGAAGUCGACCAAGAUCUCUAGAGGUGAAAACUCCCAAAACGCCCUAAAUGAGAUGCUCCAAACCGCAAAGUCCUUCACCGGGAAAGGACUAACUGUCAACGAAACGUUCGUCCUUCACCUCUUCCUGGAUGCCCUUUCGGACGAGUAUGCCAUGACAAAGCACAACCUGCGACACGCGAAGGAGUUGACGCGGACCGGUGUGCUAAAGGAAGUAAUGAUCGAAUACAAGGCGAUCAAGGACAAGCUGGAGCAGGGGAAAGGAAAAGGGGCGAAGGGCGCAGAGCAAGCGUACUUCGCCGACGGUGAGGGCCGCAGGGAGCGGUACUCAAGUAGGAGUCAGGGGCAAGGUCGUGGUCGUGGCGGCGGCCGUGGCCGCAGCAGCAGUCGUGGCCGCGGCGGAGGCGGUCGCGGCGACGGCGGCGGCGGUCGCGGCGGCCGCUCAGGCGGAUCCGGAGGAGUCGAGGAGAGCAAGGGAAGCAGCAGUGGAGGCGCCGAUGGCGGCGGUGGCGGGGACUAUUAG